CCCUGCAUGUUGAAUGACAGACUCUCAAAUUUUAAAAUUUAACGUUUUCAACUGUGUUUCAGUCUGUAACUGUUUAAAAUAAGAAAAAUUGCCAAGAAAUGUACGAAAUUAUAACUUUCGAUAAAAGUUUUCAGCAACGUUUAUCAGAAUUCAACGAUGUACUCUCAGCGUGCGACGUUUUACCCACUUCGCAAUUGCAAAAACAAUGGGGCCUAUUUUUGGAAUUCUCCGUCGACAAAAGAGGUUGGCAGGCGAUUUGGAAGCUCCCCAGAACGACCUGCGAGUCCUUAAAUAUAAUCUUUCCUUCAUUAGCUUUAGUUAUCGUUCUAACCGUAAAAACUUUGGAAUUAAAAGCUUAUAUUAGGAUACUCGCCUUUCAAAAUGAUGUCAAUAUUCCCGAAAAAAUGUGGGUUCCUCUUGUACAGAUUUGGCCCACUGAAGAUCAGGAUAAGUCGAUCGAUUUGAAUUUGAUGGAAACCGCUAAUUCUUUAGAUAUGUUGAGGUUUUUUUACUUGUAUGUUUUCAUGCCCUGGGAUAGGGAUGAAGAUGAUAACCAAGAUUGGAAAGACAAGCAUUUAGAAAGCAGGUUGAGAUUUUACUAUGAUCUUAAAAAUGGAAAUAUCCCAAGAGGAGUUGCUGAGCAUAUACAUAAUUUAUUAACUGAAGCAAGAAGACUGCAUAAUAAGAGAGAAUUUUUGGAAGGGCAAAUUAGUAAAGCAGAAGAAAAUCAAAAUUCUGAAUGUGACUCUUUAAAAGAUGAAAGAACCAAAACGUUAAUACAAAUCCACGUUCGUCUGUUAGAAAUCCGUACAGAUAUUGAAGUAGCUGAAAAUCCAUUACUAAGAAAUAUCAUCAUAGAUAGAUUUUCUCAAUUAGGCAAAAUUUCUCUAAACCCUAAUCCUCAAAUUUGGUUGAUAUUUGACCAGGGCACUGCAGAAGAACAUAUGAAUUUCCUAAUGAAAGUCCAGCAAGUUUUCCCUAAAGACAACUUGAAAUUUUGUACAAAUUUGGCCUCAAAAUUAGAAAGCGCCAAUAAGGAUGAUACCUAUUUAUUAAAUGAAAGUGUUCAUAAAAUUUCAACAACAGGAGCUUUGGAAGAAGGGGGUACAGUUAGAGGGAUAGGGUGUAGGGAAAAUAUAAUAUUUACAACUGAAGUUGAAGACGUUAUGUUGGAUUUUAUAGGCGAAAAAGUUGUAUUGGAAAAUUUAACAAUUGAUGUUAAUUUGGCACAGUGCGGCGUACUCGUAAGAAAAGGAAAUUGUUACAUGAAAAAAUGUAAAAUAAUCGGAAAAAGUUCGUCACCGAUAUACCAAGGUAUAAUAGCCCUGAAAGGUGCUUCCUUGCAUAUGGAGAAUUGCGAAAUUUCCGGAUUCUCGACGGCGAUUAUAGGCAAUUCAGGAUCGAAUAUAAUUUUAAAAAAUUGCGAUAUCCACGACGUGGAUUACGGCUUAAAAAUUUUCGACGAGUCGAAAGUCUCGUUGGACAGCGUUUCUAUAAGAGAAUGUUCCGAUUUUGGGAUAUGUUUGGAAACUGAGAGCUUGGUAGAGGUUGUAGGAGGUUUCAAAUGUCUGGAAGAAACGUCAGAAGUCAUUUACAAGAAUGUAACGGGUGUAAAUAAUGGAAGAGGGGAUGUGGCGAUACUGCACCAACCUGAAUUGAAGCCCAUUGAAAAUCUGUUUGCAGAUCCUAAUAACGACCCCACCAUAAUAGAAUCCGAUGAUGACAUUACAAUGUAAAUAAUGUUUAUACUUUUUUUUUUUAUUUUGGUUUAUACUGUGAUUUUAGAGGGAAAUAAUCAUCACAAUUUUGUUUGUACUAAAUCGUUAUAUAUUUAUAUUUUUUCAAUUUAUUUUUAGGAAAAUAAUAUAUAAAAAUUAAACAAUAAAAAGUUUUCUUAUUUAAAAAAAUCUUUAUUCAUGUUAAAUACUGUAAACAAACACAAAAACAAUUACGAAAUAAAAUUCAUAAUAUUAAAACACAAACAUAUACUUGAGAAUGUCAGUAUAACGACCGAUAAAUCCUUUUCAAGAAUUUUCACAUAAAUUCAGAGAUAAACGAUAUAAAAUCACAUCAACAAAUUUUAUAAAUGGUAAUUUUUUUUAAAAAUGCCAACAAACUGACCAGAUCUAAGCUCGUUAUUAAAAAAAAAAAAACAAAAAUAAACGCGUCUCCUUUACAAUAACUAUACCUCAAAAAAUACGUUUUCAAUAACUAAAUAUGUUAAAUGUUAACAAAAUAUAUUUAUACUGGGCGUUCCCAGGAUAUUAACAUUGAGUUUUGGGAACACCCAAUACAUUUAUAUACGAAGUUUGAACAGAAAAUAACCAGGAAUUUUUAAAUUUCACACUGGCCGCAAAAAAAUCGAUUUUAUCUGGUUGGUUCUCAGUCCAACUACAUAUCUCCGAUAUAUGUAAAUUUGUAAACAUGUUUAUGGCAUGUAAGUCAAUUUUCAGACGUAUUUGUUGCCAAUCUAUUAACAUCUAACUGGUUAACAGAAAGAACUAGUCAUCUGAAAUAAUCUCAACAACUUGUUUAUAAUAUUAGCAUUGAUGCUAAAUGAAGAAAGCUCGGAAACGUAAACGUUCCAACUCAUCAGUUUUCAUGAUUCAAAGAGAAAUUUUACAAUUUGUGCGAUGCAAUAAAAAAAGCAGAACACGAUUUAUGGAAAAACAUUGGAAAACAUGCGGAUAAAUUUUGCCUAUUGGUAUUCAAUUCAGCCGCCAUACGCAGUAGAAAGGUUCUUAACUCUAUUUCAUAAUAAGAAAAUACACUGGCAAAUUACGUAUGUACGUAAAAUUAUCCGCAAAUAAUUUAUGUAUUGAUUUUGAUUUACCCCUGAAGAAAUUCGACGAAACUCUAUUUGUGGAAAAACCAUGGAAAAUAUCAGUAAAUCGUCAAAAAAUUGAAGGAGUUAAAUAUUCAACAAAUUCGUUCUACAUUUGUAUCAAACAAGAUCUGAGUUCGUUUAGCUUUACCAGAUAGCAGCGGUAGUUAGGUGGAGGUGAAAUUGAUCCUUCCUUUUUACAUAGCUACCAUUAUAAUAUGGCUAAUGAUAAGUACUUACCUCUCCACUUAUAACACCCAAUCGCUGCCAAGGACUGAACAGUAUAAGCCAUUUAGUUGAGGAA